GUUUUAAAUGUCUUCGAAAGAAAUCGGGAAUAGACGUUGGUGGUACAAAGUUCGCAUGCGUUGCCACCACAACAGUUUCUCUAAUAGAUUCAUCAUUUUUCAAAAAACCUACCAUUUCAACUUUAGCCCUUGAUGAUCAUGGAUACAAAGUAUUGACCGGACCAUUAUUUUCGGUGGAUUCAUUUGAUAAAAAUUAUAAAAUCGUAUCAAUCGGGGUUGCGAUUUGUGGUUUAAGUGAUAAAGAAGGCACCGUCACAUUAUGCGAAAUCGGUAUCCUUCAAGGAUGGAACCCCGUGAAACAUUUAAAAGAGAAGUUUGGUCAAGAUGUUAGGGUUCUCACUUUUACGGAUAGUGUUGCUGAAUUGGAACAUGCUAGAAGAGAAUGGCCGGAUGUAAAAGAUAUGUCUAUCAUUGUUGCGGGUACUGGAAUCGGAACAGCCUUUUUGUGCAAUGGACAAAUUGUUAGAGGUCAUCUAAAUGCGACAGGAAAUCUUGGUAUCGCUCCAAUGUUUCUCCCACAAGAUUACGCUAAAUAUGUAAAAAACUACAUCACCCCGAUGGGUUCGACACUUUCACCACCAACGAUGAUGCUUGAUCAAUUAGCAGGUGAUAAAGCAUUAAUUCAAGUCCUUUCAAGCUCUUCAGAUAAUGAUGCUGAAAUCGAUCAAAAACUUGUCAAAGUCAUAUUGGAUUGGGCUACAGUGUUUGGGAUCGCUGUGGCUAAUAUCCUUUGUACUUUUAAUCCAAAAGUGUUAGUAAUCGCCAGAGGCGUUUUAAACUUCCCUUUUUAUGUUGAUAGAGUCAUGGAAAUUGGUCAAGAAUAUGCUGGCGUCAUUGUUCCUGAAAUUUGGAGUGAAACUUUGGUGGUUAGAAGUUAUUGGAGUAGUGAUUUGGUUGUCAGGGGUGCUUUAGCGGCUGCUUAUGAUGAAGGAAAGUAA